UUUAAGAAGCAGAAGGAGCGUAGUACUAAGUGCAUGUAGCCGGGACCUUCGUUGGGACUGUUUGUUGUUGCGCCUCUCUGUGGAUAUUGCUCUGUGGAUAUUGCGCUGCUCUUUACCAGGGCUGAAACUAGGGGUAGGCAGAAAAGACAAGUGCCUAGGGUGCAGUGCUGUAGGGGUGCUGUGCACGUACCUCCUGUGUCUACAUACCCCUAGUCCGGACCCUUGUUCCUCCACUCCCGCCCUCCUUGAUUUCACCACAUCAUGCAAUUCCACAUGCACACGGUGGCCUAGGGUUCCCAGCUGACUUGGCCCGGCUCUGAUCUUGAGCUGCCAUUUUAUGUUUCAAACUGCUGUAUGGUUGAUUCUGACUCUCUCUGGAGCACUUUUACUACUUCUCUGACUGACGUAGCAAGUUUUCUACUUGUUUUAAGCCCACCUCACAUGAGUGUCUAAGUCCAGAGGAGUAACUGCUUUGUCUGAGUCAAGAGAAAAUGCAGUCAGCCACAGCCAUCCUCAAGCAAGCAUCUGGGAAUAAGGAAAAGGCUUGCAGAAUGCUUUUUGGCCCCGUGGACCAUGAACAGCUGAGAGUGGACCUUGAUGAACAUAUGCAGCGAUCCAACGAGGAAGCAAAAGCUAAAUGGAACUUUAACUUUGCCACAGAAACGCCUCUCGAAGGGCAAUAUGAUUGGGUAAAGGUAGAAAAGAAAGACUUGAAUUGCAGCUUACGGGAAAGUCAAAAAGAAAACCAGUGCCAAGAUGAAGCGACCAAGAGAUGUAACAUUAUCCCAUCAUAUAAAGCAUUCCAGAAUUGUGAAAGCAGCUCAGGCAAACGAAAACAAAAGCUGAUCACAGAUUUUUAUUCUGUCAAGCGGAGAUGUUCACCUGUGCCCAGUCUUCACGAUUGAUCACCAUGCCAUUUAGAAGAUCCUUCCUUUAGACGGGAACAUAUUUUUAUUUCUCAGAUUCAAGGUGUAGGAAUGUUGGAUUAGUAUGCUCUUAUACCAUACCUGGAUUUUGAUGGACAUUGCAUAGACUCCAGGGAACUACAAAACCUUUGUACCUCGCAAUUACUUUAAUAAUUUAAACAGCUUGAAGAAGAGAAACACAUUAGAUUUAGCGGCGUGUAAAGGAAAUGUGUUCUGAGUUUCUAGUUUCUACUUUUUUUUUUAAUUUUAAAUAGUAAAACACUGCAUUUUUAUAGAUAUAUGUAUAUAAAUGAAACUUUACUAAAUUAAUGAAAAUCAUUUAUAUUUUGAAGUCAGCAACAGGUUUUCACAAAAUUGAGAGCAAUAUUCAAAACAAAAGUGCACUAAAAUUGUAUAAAUCUUUAUAAAGCUUUGUAAAAGGGGGCCAUACAAUGGAUGAUACUCUGGAUAAUUGGGCAGCUACCAUACAAGUGGCUGUUCCAUUUGUUUAGCUGAAUGGGAGAUGAGAGGAGAUAUGACUCUUCUUUACUCCUUCAACUAUUGAUUUACCAUGAACUCACUGGCAUGUUGCCUCAGCCGAUAAAUAAAUCAAUAUUCCCAAACUGGCUGACCAUAUCUGGCCAUGUAUAUCCAGCUUAAGUGUUCUAACACUAAAAUCUUGAAAAUACUACCCACUAGAGGGUGGAUGGACACCAAUGCCACCUCCAGUGAUUACAAGUAUUUUUUUGCACUUGCAGACAUUCAAUUAUAAUGCUGUAGGACAGCAGUUUGCAAACUGUGGGUCUGUCCCUCAUAGUGAGGCCUGGAGCAAUGACAAGGGACUCUGGUUGAGGACCAGUUAUGGAAAAAUGUGUAGACAAUUCCUAUUUCCUCUUCAAGAGUCACCUGUAAAUCAAGUAUAAAUGUCAACAAGGUGUUUUGAAGGUAACAGUUUUAUCCAGUCCUUAUCUCUGUAAUCUUCUUAUGAUAUAACAGGGGUCCAGCUAGAACCUUAAAACUAUAUAAACCAGUAGAAUGGGUAAAUCAGUGGAGAACAUUCCAGACUAUAGAGUAAGGACAUAUAUUUUUGGACACUCCAGCCCUCACUACUCACCAGACAUGACUUUAUCUUUACUAGAGUUGUUUAUUAUAACUUUAACAUUAAACGUUUUUAGAAGGAUAUGCAGGAAAUCAUGUCUUAAACCCUGCACAAUUUAAGUUUCCAGUGAUACGUCCUCUACAGCACAGAGUGGGCUAAUCAGCAUUGGAGACUAGUUCAGUUUAGAAGUUCUUUUUGGGGCAUGUGCUAAUAUAAGGGAAAGGGAUAUUUUAUUUUAAAAUAUUUUAAUUUAUCUAUGUGUUAAAUUUGUUCAAUUGUUAUUUUAUUAAUAUAUAAACUUCCUUUUUUCAAGUUACAAUAUUGCCACAUUGCGUGUAAAUUGCAUCUUUCAGAAUAAGUUGGAGCUGUUCUAAAAAGAAAAUAGAUUUUUCACCUAAAGAUGAACCAUGUGAUGCAGAUUUUAUUAACCAGGCUAGGUAAUAUAAUAAUGUCUGUUUUCAAGCAGCAGACCAGUUAAUACUUCCUGUUGAUGCUGGUUGCUAUGGGUUACUAGAGCAUAUGUUGCACUUAUCAUCAGGGCCGGGCCAAGCCGACCUGUCACUUUGCUCCUCCAACCACCAUGUUUUCAUGUGCCAUGCCAUCGGAGGAUAGGGCAGUGAUGACACAGGGAAGAGCAGCAGAGAGAAGCCAACACAUACUAGGGGUUAGCAGAAGACCCUGUAACAGGUACCUGCCUGGCGCCACCAUAUUGUUGCGCCCUAGGCAGGUACCUCUUCUGCCUACCCCUUGUUCAAUUUAGUUAAUGUUUAGUUUGUUACAGAAUGGUCUGUACCUAGCACAGUUUUCAAUUUGUCUCUCAUUUUUUAUAGUUUUUGAAUGAUUUGACUUUUUGCAGCUUCCAGUUUCAAAUACUGUUUGGCUGACAGGGGGUCACUGACCCCUGCAACCAAACAACUGCAAGGCUCGAGUUUUACUGUUGUUGUUAUUUUGUAGUACAGGUACCCAUACCUGUAUUACAAAUUUAUCUGGAAAGCCUGUUAUACAGAAGGAUCCAAAUUAUGGAAAAACCACAUCCCAUAGACUCCAUUUUAAUCAAAGAAUUCAAAUUUCCCUUUGCUCUCUGUACUAAUGAAACAACAACUUGUGCUUUACCCCAAUUAGAUAUGAUUAAUCCUUAUUGGCGGCAAAACAAUCCAGUGGGGGUUAUUUAAUGUUUAAAGUAACAGUAACACCAAAAAAUGGAAAUGGAAGGUAAAACUGGUGUAUUUGCUU